CUCUUACAGUAUUACGAGAUGACUUCAGACAGAACCCUUCUGAUGUAAUGGUAGCUGUGGGUGAACCUGCCGUGAUGGAAUGCCAACCCCCAAGAGGCCACCCAGAACCCACUAUUUCAUGGAAAAAAGAUGGGUCCCCACUGGAUGACAAAGAUGAACGAAUUACAAUCAGAGGAGGAAAGCUCAUGAUUACCUACACGAGAAAGAAUGAUGCUGGCAAGUAUGUCUGUGUUGGAACAAAUAUGGUGGGAGAACGAGAGAGUGAAGUGGCGGAGCUCACCGUUUUAGGUAAGAGAGUGUGUGACACUUCAUUAGUGAAAAUGCCAGUAUUUAAUACAGCUUCAUUUUUGGUAUGGGGAGAAGGAGUUUUAAAGUAAGGUUGUCGUUUUUUA